UUAUCUCCAACUCUGCUGACCGCUCGUGAAAAACUGACCUUUACACCACCGUUGUCUCACCAUUCAACCCAUUCUCGUAACCCCCAAGAAUCAGUGCAGUCCUAGCAAGAGUUCCAAGGCAAGGCUAACAGCGGAGGAUGCACAAAUUGGUUAGUCGCUCCCGGUCCCUCAUGGAGGGCAAGGGGGGACGUCGACAUGCAGGUACGAAAGCACCAGUAGCAUUGGCCCCAGACGAACCCCUUCAUGGUGGGCCAGAGAGUGUAUCAAACACGACCCUACACGUACCACUUUAUAACUACUAUGCAACUCCCGUCGACAGUUUGAAUGAAGUAGACCAGUAUGCCCGUCGUCCUCUUCCCGCCACACCGCCAUCGAUAGCUAAGAUGGCGGAUCGGCCAAGCACGUCUGGUGGUUCAGCUUCGAGGAAGUCGGUCAAAAUUGACUUCAAGUUUGACAAGAGAGUGUCAAGGGAUGACUUUUAUCUUGGCUCGAGAGUCUACAGAGAAUCACGCGCCGAGCCUGUCCCUCGCCCUUGGGAUGAGCUGCUCACCCCAGAUGCGAGUCCCAAGACCAAAUUUGUACCGAAAUUCGCCCCGAGAACGAAUCUGACAGUUAAUGCAUCAGUGGAAGUGCUCAAUGGCGGCAUUGGCAUGGCCUUAGGAAGUCCUUCACAUACACGGAAUUUUUCAGAUCCGUGGAAUACACCUAACUCCGCACGACCUAGGCAAGACUCACAUCCAAUUGCGACACCUCCAGAAUCUCGGAGUAGUAGUGUGGACACUUUCGAUAUGCCGGUGUUGAGGAAGCCAUCGUCAAAAUGGAAGCUGUUUGGCAUAUUCUCUCGGAAGCCACCCGACCAGCCUGUCCCAGCUAUAUCUAUUUCGGAUCCGAAUGGUUUAUACGGCACAAAUAGACCAGAAGAGGCCGUAGCGGCUAGACAAGCACCGCUGCCGGAAUCGAAUAAUCCAACAAGGAGCAACACGACUACUUCACGCAAAGGGUUCAAGCAUAAGCCUAUUCUUAUUAGGUCACAAACGUUACCAUCGGAUGCCCAGGUGGAUAGUUAUGAUCAAAGGCCGAGGGCAGGCGAGAAACAAAGCCGUGGACCUAGUCCUGCACCCCUACCACUAUUGAACGUUGAAAUUCCGGAUGUACGUCUCGAGAGAUACAGCGUCAUGUUUGAUGGUGUAUUAAAGUCCAACCCGUCAUUAUUAUCAAGGCGUCAAGCAACUGUGCCAAAACUCAAAAGUAUCAAAGAUGUAGUGGAGCGAGAAGAGGAAGAGAAACCAUACGGGGUAGCUCGAAGAGCAACAUCACCCCAACCAGCUACGAAGCCUUCGGGAUUUCUCUUGUUUCCAACGAAUAGGGAAAACCAGGUUUAUAUGCCGCAGAAAAUAUCGCCGCGACAUAGAUCAAAUACUUCGCUGGCAUUACUUCCAUCCCCUGCUAGAGCCACAUUCAACCACAACAAGGCACCAGACUAUCGACGCCCAUCAGUAGAACACCCAACUAGCUUGAGGCCACCGCCGCAAACCUUCCAUUAUGAUAUUGAGAGCCCCGGUAUGGCCGUAACAACAGACGUUGGAAUCAUAAAGCAGGAAAUAAGCCCAUCGUCGCCUCCACGGUUCAGAAACGGCCAAUCUAAUCUCAUCCUCGACUCGCCAAGUGAGAUAGAUUCAGAAGACGACGAAGAAACAGUCGCGAGGGAAGCGUGGAAGCCAGCCUCCCAUCAUGUUCCCCCCGAACCCAAAUGGCAAAUGAUGGUGCCUUCACAGAAGACACCGUCGACGGCGUCCUCCAACACCAGCAGCGACCGCAAGCGCUCACCAUCUCUCGCAUCAUCCUCCUACACGCAUAUCACACGCGUAUCAGAGGAUUCUGACGACGCAUCCCCCGCAUUUUUCAAGAACAGCGCCAACAAUAUCGCUAUCACGGCAAAAAUGACGCCCGUGGAAAUCUCCAUCGCCCGCCAGAUCACCGUGUCCCGGCAGCAGCGCAAGCUCCUCCAACCCCUGCGUACGGUAAUACCUCCUGCGCCCGCGCAGCCCUCGUCGUCGUCAUCGUCAGGUAGACGGCCGUCGCACCCGAGCCCGGCGCGCACGAGCCCCAUGGCGGGCGUGCCGAGGGGCGAACCGGGACGGAUCGCCGAGACGAAGACAUCUACGCCGACGCUGGUGUCACCGGACUCGCUGGAUCCGAACCAGUCCGCCGCGCGCGCGCAGCUUCGGCGGAGCGAGCGGAUCGUGCUCGAGGAUGCGUGACGUCGUCUUAUCAAGCCCCUGACUGCUCUCACUUAUCUUUCUAUUUAUCACUUAGAGUUCGCAUUCAUCCGUCUCUUGGUCCUGUCUAUCAACAGCUCCAGACAGAAGUCCUACGUUAUAUCCGAGCCCUCAUAU